AUGGCAUGCUUAUCAACGCCAAACACAAAUGAUCAAUUUACACAAGCAUGGUUUGGUACAGCUAUGUAUAAUUUUGAUUAUUUUCAAGCAACUGAAAUAACAUAUAGUUCUAGUAAUAAUACACUAGCAUUUACUCCUAAUCCAAGUUCAUCUUAUGGAAGUUUUUGGCAAAGUGAUUUAAUAUCGUCGAAUGCUACUAUCAAUUCUUUUUCACGUUCGACAGAAUCAUGGAUAUUGAAGAUAGCUGGUGAUGGAGCAUCAUGGGGUUAUGCUGUUUAUUAUGGAUGGCCAUCUUUAGUAGAAAAUACUCAAGGUAAUGUAACAGCAGCUAGUAAUUGGUUUGGACAAUUUGGUUUAAUCGUUUUUGGUGAUGGAAUCUGGAAGACUACACAUGGUGAUCAUGUGAAAACAAAAGCUAUCAUGAAGAAUUUGAUUCGUCGUGGUAAAAAAGUAUUUGGAUAUGUUGAUCUCGGUGUUACUACACAAAACUUAAAUAUAAAACAAAUGCGACAAGCUGUUAAUGGUUGGUCAGCAAUGGGUGCUAAUGGUAUAUUUUGGGAUGAUGCUGGUUAUGAUUAUGGUGUGACACGAAAACGUCAAUCGAAUAUGAUUCAAUAUUGUCAUUCAAAAAAGAUGAAUGUUAUUAUGAAUGCAUGGAAUCCUGAUGAUGUAUUUGCUGGAACUAAUGUUGCACUUAAUUCAAACGAUACAUAUUUACUUGAGUCUUAUUUAGUUUCUAAUGGAAACUAUCUUUCAUUAACAGAUUGGAAAAUAAAAGCUGAUAAAUGUGCUAAGUACCAAAAGUUUUUAAAUGUUAAAAUGACAUGUUUAUCAACGCCANCGAUCUUUUUUUAUUGA